GCUUGCUGCGCGCGGGCGGCGGAGGCGGCCCGCCCGACGACUGGGACGGUCGGGCGGCCCUUGCUGCCCAGCGGGCUGCCGAGCGCGGGGCCCAGCUCGCCGCGGCGCGCGCGGCCAACCUCAGCCGGUGCCACGCCGCGCUGGACGAGGUGCAGGUCGUGCUGACCAACGUGUCCGCGGAGCUGGCCGAGCUCCGCACCCUGCAGGCGACGCCGUCCGAGCUGCACGAGGAGCCCGACACGCUCCUGUGGCACGCGCUUGGGGUGGUGCUGACCGCGGCGGCGGAGUUCUUCACUGAGCUGGUGCCAGGACGGGUUGUCAGCUUCUACUACGAGGACGACCCGAGCAUAUGGCACGAGCGGUUGCUGCUGUGGCCGUAUCCUGGCGCCUUUCCCAACACCUGCUGGAGCUGCCUCACGCCCGACGGCGACGUGUACCCCGAGGAGAUGGCGGCAGGGCCCGAUGGCGAUGGGCCGAGCCGCGUCUCCCUCACGAUCGGGGCGACUCCUGCUGCUGUUCGCCCACCAGGGCGAGUCUACAGAUUUCGUGAAUAUCCUGCCGAGGACGACAUGAUCGACCUCUUUCGGGACGCUCGCCUGGCCGGCCGCAGCGCCGGCUUGCGCGAGCCCGAGCCGACGACCUUCAUGCGCGACGGCGGCCGGCCCUCCAGGAACAUGACGGUCAGCUUCAGUGACGUGCCAGGCUUCCUGCGCCGCACGCGGGGCAAGGGCCCGUCCGCUGCUGUGCCGCGCGGCCCACCUCCUGGCUUGCCUGUGGCCCCGCCCCCGCUGGACGCUGCGGGCGCUGAGCCAGGGGCGCUCGCCGACGGCGAGGUCGGGGGCACUCCGACCCCGAGGGGCGGUCCUGGCGCGGUCGUGCUCACGGACGAGCGGGCCGCGCCGCCUGGGUCUGCAUGGUUCGUGAUGAAGACGAUUCCAAACGAGUGCCAGCAGCUCGACGAGGUCGCCCCGAAGGCGGGCGACGUGGUCUGGGGGGAGAGUGGGCUCUACAGCACGACGGGCGGCUUCAUCGUCCCGAUCGAGCUCCACCCUGUCCCGCUGCCUGCCGAGGUGUCGGACAAGCUAGCUGACGACGACGCCCGCCUCCUCGGCCCUCUCCAGCGCACGCGGGAGGGCCGUAGGCACCGCGACUUUCGUGAUGCGGUGUCGGCCAUGAGACAGGAGCAGCAUGACGACUUCCCGCUCGUCGGCGAGCGCAGCUUCAAGUGGCUGUGCGACUACAUCGUCGACCACGGAGGCACACCUGAUGGCCGCCACACCAAGUGGAUGAUGGAGAGCGGCUGCGCCAAGGACUCGGCGGCUGCGCACAUCCACGAUCUGCUCGGCUUCGCCAUCGAGAUGGCCGUCACCUACGACCAGGUCGACGGCUCCAACCUCGCCAGCAUGGAGGUGGUCUCACGGGCCUACCAGCUGAUCGAGGAGACCAUGGGGAGCAUGAAGAUCGAGGGCGUUGAGCACUACAUCGGCCGCCAGAAGCAGAGUGCCCGCCGUGGCGUCGCGAUGGCGCCGGGGGUCGCUAAGUACGCCACCGACCAGGUCGCCAAGGAGACGGAGAUCCAGAAGCAGAGGCGCAAGGCGCGCGAGGAGAAGUCUGCCCAGUCGGGCAAGAAGGACAAGGGUGACCUGGGGUCAGCGGAAGCCUGCUCAGAGCUUUUGGGCCGCCCGUGUCUGCACUGCGACACGGCCAGCGACUUGCCGCUGAGGCCCUACGCUCCGCACCUCGUGAGCUGGCCCGAGUUGGGAAACGAGCCUCAGUGGCUCGCGGAUCGGCUGGGGACACGCGAACGAUGCUCUCUCUUGGACCUCGACCAUGCUUUGCUGCUGCCGCCACCGAGCUUCGACGAGGCCGUGGAGACAGAGGGGAGGCCCACGUUGUACAUGGACUCUGUGCUGGAGCGGAACAGGCCGCUCUACCUUGAAUUCAUCCAGUCGGGCGUCUCGCGGGGCGUCUUCGUCUUAGGGGAAGAGAGGGCCGAGGACGUCUCCGCCUUCUUCGUGGCUAAGAAGGACGAGCGGAUAAGGAUGGUGCUGGACUGCAGGCGUAGCAACCAGCGGUUUCAGCCUCCUCCGUCGGUCAGCCUGUUCUCCGCCGCGGGGUUCGCGGACCUCGAGGUGCCGAAGGACACGCCCCUCUACUACGCGGGGGUGGACGUCCAGAACGCGUUCUACCAGCGCAAGCUGCCGGCCUACCUGCGGUCGCACUUCUGCUUGCCGAAGGUCACCGCGGGCGAGCUUGGCAUCAGCAGGCUUGACGGGGGGCGUGUCCCGCCCUGGGCCUGCCUUUACCCACAACUUGCCGUUGUUCCCAUGGGGUGGAGCUGGGCACUCUUCUUCGUUCAGAAGGCUCACGAGCGGACGCUGGACCAGCACGACGCCCUGAAGCCCGAGCUGCGGGCGGUCGACUUCGUGCCGGUCCCCAGCCCGCUCGAGGAGCCCAUCCACUCGCUGUGCGUCGACAACGUGCUCGUGGUCGGCACCGACCGUGAGGCCGUGACCAGGGUCAGGCGUGAGGCCUCCAAGGCGCUGGAGGGCUCCGGCCUGGCCGUCCACGACGAGACCGACGCCGCUGAGAGCAUGGCCAUGCUCGGCGGGCAGCUGCAUGGAUCGCCUGCCCGCGCCACCUUGGCGCCACGGAGGUUCUGGAAGCUGUGCAUGGGGCUCGGCUACUUGGUUCAACGGCGCCCCCGCGUCACCAGCCGUGACAUCGAGCACGUCAUCGGCCACUGCACGUUCGCCGCGCUGUGUCGGCGUGAGAGCUUGAGUUGCUUCGGCGCCGUCUACUCGUUCGUCCAGCAGAAUUGCCAGCGCGCCAGGCCCCUCUGGGCGUCGGCACGGCGCGAGUUCAGGAUCUUCCGCGGCUUGCUGGUCACGCUCGUCUCGGACCUCGACGCCGAGUGGUCCACCAAGGUCGUCAUGACUGACGCCUGCCAGACGGGCCACGCCUCUGUCGAGGGCGAGUGGGACCUCUCCGAGGUGCAGAGUGCUGGUCGCUGGCACGAGCGGUGGCGGUUCCGCCACACGCGUGAGGCGGACGGGGGUUGGCGGCCGCGCGACCGCGCGGCACGUGCGGCCGAGGCCGCCGAGCUCGAUGCACACCCGUCUGUUCUGUUGCGCCAGGGUCUCGCCAACAAACGAUUCCCUGAAGUGUCGACGCACGCCAUCCGCCGCACCAGCUGGUCGACCACGCACUACUCGCCACUCUUCGGCAAGGGGCCCAUGCAUCGUAGGGAGGCAAGGGGUGACUUAUACGCCGUGAAGCUGAUCCUGUCGGACGCGGACUCCUGGGGGAAGAGGGUGCUGCAGGGCGCGCUGCAUCUGGGGCCAGCUGGCGCGCUGCCGCGGCGCGCGGGCGCCAGCUUCGGCACCGCCGCAGCUCGGCGCGGGGCCCCGAGGGCGACAGUCGGCUCGACAGCGGCUGGCCCGCGGCCCCAGCGGCCCCGCCUGGACUCGAGCGUAGCCCCGCCACUGGCAGCCGCGCGCCCGCUGCGGCCCCGCGGCCUGGCGGCGCCGCCGUCGGCCAGGCGGCUGAAGCGCAGCGCGCCUGGGAGUGGCCCGACAGCGCAGGCCCCUCCGCAGCCCUCGGCGGCUCGGACGCCGGCGCGCCGCAGCUCGGGCCCCCUGGGCUCGCCUGCCUUGCGCCGCCGCGAGGCUCUGACUCGACGUCCGUCGGUGGUGCUGGCGGCCCCGCGCAGCAUCCCCCUGCGGGAGCUGCCGCGCUCUGUGCAGCGCCGCCUGGACGCUGGGGAGCAGGCGCGGGACACCACCCGCCAGCUCUCCAUCACCGAGGCAGCCGCGGUGGGACGGCGGAGCCGACUGCAGUACACGCGGCUGCUCGAGCUGUUCCUCAGGCGCAGCCGCUUGACGUCUCUGGCUGCGCCUGCUGCCGACACGGACGCCGCGGUGGUGAGGUUCUUCGACGAGCUGUACCUCGAGGGGAAGGUCGCGUCGACGGGCGAGAAGCUCCUCGCCGCGAUCUUCAUGCACGUGCCCGACUACCAGAGCAAGGGGAAGCUGGCCCUGCCGCGCGCCUACCGCGCGCUGCGAGGCUGGCGCCUGCUGCGGCCAUCGCGGACGCGGCGCCCGCUGCCCUGGGCGGCUUGCAUGGGCGUGGCGCGCCAGAUCUGGAGGAUCAGCGGCCGCCCCGCCCUCGCGGUGUUCUGGCUCCUGAUGGUGGACGCGUACCUGAGACCUGGCGAGGCGUUCCGCCUGACCUGCGGCCAGGUGAUUCCUCCGCAGGCGCACAUGCCCAAGGUGACGAUCCACAUCAACCCCGACUACAUGAAGAGGCCGAGCAAGACUGGCGAGAUGGACGAGACAGUGGACGUGGCACGUCCGUGGCUGGGCAACCUUCUGGUUCGGCUGGCCCAGGGCCCGCCCAGCGCCCCCCUGUGGACGUUCUCCAUGACGGAGGCCAAGGACGUGUUCGAGCGCGCGGCUCGCGCGCUGCACUUGGACAAGCUGCUGCCCGUGCUCUACACAGCCCGACACAGCGGUGCGUCCAUCGACCGCUUCACGGGGGGGAUCUCGUUGCAGGAGGUCCAGCGGCGCGGCCGCUGGCGCCGACCGAGCUCGGUCAGGCGCUACGAGAAGCGCGGGCUCAUCCAGGCGGUGUGGAGCGAGAUGGGGCCCUCAGCCAAGGCAUGCUGCCUCCAGGCCGAGGCCGAGCUGCCCUCGCUGCUCGGCGUCGCCUCGCUAUCCGCCAAC